AACGGAGUCAUCCAACGUCAAAACUUCUGGAGCAAGCAUGCGUCACACUUGUGAAUAACCUCACAUAUCACCGUCAAGAUGCCCACAAUCGGGGUCAACAAGGAGGAGUUCUUCGAGGAGCUCGGUCAGCGCUACACCGCCGACGAGUUCCAAAGGCUCUGCUUCGACUAUGGUAUUGAGCUCGACGAGGACACCGAAGAUGACCCGUCGCGCCCCAAGGACGAGCCGGCGCAGUUCAAGAUUGAGACACCCGCCAAUCGCGCCGACCUACUAUGCUUUGAGGGUAUCGCCACCAGCUUGAAUGUGUUCCGGGGAAAGAUGGCCCCGCCGGCUUUCAAGGUGCUCGACAUGCCCGAGGACCAGAUGCAGAGCAUCACGGUCAAGCCGGAGACAGCCGACGUGAGGCCAUACAUCGCCGGCGCCAUCCUCCGCAACGUCAAGUUCACCCAGUCCACAUAUAACUCCUUCAUGGGCCUGCAGGAGAAGCUUCAUGCCAACCUGGCGCGGCAAAGGACACUGGUUGCCAUUGGAACGCACGACCUGGACACCGUCAAGGGUCCUUUCACAUACGAGGCUAGGAAACCAGAGGACAUCAAGUUCAGGCCACUGAACCAGGCCAAGGAGAUGGAUGGCAACGAGAUGAUGGAGACAUUAGACAAGGACAAGCACCUCAGCAAAUACCUGCACAUUAUCCGUGAUUCGCCCAGAUACCCUGUCAUCUACGACGCCAGCGAGAUCGUCUGCUCCGUCCCACCCAUUAUCAACGGUGACCACUCCAAGAUUACGCUCAACACCACAAAUGUUUUAAUAGAGGCCACCGCAACGGAUGCAACCAAGCUCAAGGUCGUUAUCGACACCAUGGUGACCAUGUUCUCGACGUACUGCGCCGACAAGUUCACCGUCGAGCCGGUGCUGAUCAAACGUGCCGACGGUACCAAGGUUGUCACGCCGGACCUGGAGCCCAGGAGGAUGGAGGUCGAGGUGGACUAUAUCAACCAGUGCUGCGGCCUGUCCGAGUCCGCCGAAGGUAUCUGCAAGCUGCUAGCCAAGAUGGCCUUCGUCGCCAAGCCUCUCAGCGCGAGCAUGAUCGAGGUCUUCAUCCCGCCGACACGGUCUGACAUCCUCCACGCGUGCGACGUCAUGGAGGACGUGGCCGUCGCCUACGGCUUCAACAACCUCCCACGCUCGCUGCCCACAAAAUCGGCCACCGUCGGCAAGGGCCUGCCUAUCAACAAGCUCAGCGACAUCGUCCGGGCUGAGUGCGCCAUGGCCGGUUGGAAGGAGGUGAUGCCGCUGGUGCUCUGCUCGCACGACGAGAACUUUGCCUGGCUGAACCGCGUCGACGACGGCAAGACGGCCGUCCGCAUCGCAAACCCCAAGUCGGCGGAGUACCAGGUCGUGCGGACGUCGCUGCUCCCCGGCCUGCUCAAGACGGUGCGCGAGAACAAGUCGGUCAAGCUGCCGCUCAUGAUCAUGGAGACGUCUGACGUCGUCGUCAAGGACGAAGCCCUCGAGCGCAAGGCCCGCAACGUUAGGCAUUGGGCCGCCGCCUACUGCGGCACCACCAGCGGCUUCGAGGUCGUCCACGGUCUGCUCGACCGCAUCAUGUCGAUGCUGCGCGUGCCCGUCGGCACCUACUACAUCGCCGAGAUUGACGAGCCCACCUUCUUUGGCGGCCGUGCCGCCGCCGUCUUUCUGCGACAGGGAGGCGAGAAGGGCGAGGCCGUCCGGAUCGGCGAGCUGGGCGUCUUGCAUCCCACAGUUUUGGACAAGUUUGACUUGAGAUACCCUGUGAGCACACUUGAAAUCAACCUCGAGGUUCUGCUGUGAUCAUGCUGAGCGUUUUUUUUUGUGUGGUAAGAGAGGUCCAAACACCUCGCAACCUGUUAUCAAGCAGGUGGAUGGAUGAUGAUUAUCCCUGAAGCGAGUUGGAAGCAACUACGGGGGUAAAGAAAAAGCUACGGCGUAGAUACGAAGCGACCAUGUGUAGAUGCCUCUCUGUUACAAGUGAACAAUAGACAAAAAAAGAUCAAAAGUGACUGAACCAUUCAGGUGGAAUUACCAAAACAAGCUUUCGGAUCAUUCCUCAAUUUCUGUCUGUCAUCUAAAAAGUAAUCAUCAAUCCCAUUUGUAUCGAGCAACCCAAAACGAUAUUUGAGGCCCUUGUCAUGUCAACCAAUCGUUGGGACCCGCCUGUAAACCCGUAUCUCUAUUCUGAC